AUGGAUGAGAUACAAUUUCUGGAGGUGCGCCCACGUUCUGGACUAGACAGUCGGUCCCGAACACCUGCUGCUCAGGUCCAGCGCAGCCUCACGCCUUACCCGACCGGUUUCAACGCGCCCAUUGACCUCACUGGAGAAGACGAUGACGUCGUGCAUCUGGAUACUCGAGCUCGACACGACGCUGGCGUAAACACCGCAAGACCUAUUGGUGUAGGUCUAGGCACCAUCGCGGUUGAGGACGACGAUGGCGAGUUCGGCUUUGGAGGACUUCUCGACCGCAAUCCUAGGCUAAGGCUGCGGCUGGGCCAGGCUGGUGGCAUAAGAGCACAACAUGACAGACUGAUGGAGUUGACGCAUGAGAGACAUCGGCAUAUGGGCACAAACAACGUGAACGGGCAGCGCAAUGAUAAUCAACCUCUUCGGCUCGCGGUACCUGCGGCGGUAGCACGAUUCACUGUUGAUAUGAACUAUGAUAUGCCCGGAUUUGAUAUGGGAUAUCCCGGCGCCGUCCAAGCACAACCACCCAAGUAUGAAGCACCAGAGCCAGCGAAGGAAGGCUUCACUCGCAGUCCAGAAGAAGAUGAAGAAGUUGUUUGUCCCAACUGCGGAGAUGAGCUUGCUAUGGGCGAUACCGAAGACAAGCAGCAGAUUUGGGUCGUCAAGAAAUGUGGUCAUGUAAGUCCUCUCGAAUACUUCUGCUGUGAUCUUAGUCUUGGCAAGGGCCCCGAGGUAUCUUGGGGGGAUGUGCUAACAUUGAUUUUAGGCAUACUGUGGCGACUGUGCGAAGAAUAGGCCGAAGAGAGCCACCAGAUCUACCAAGAACGGGAAGGGGAAGGCGCCGGCUGAUAAUGGUCCUUUUCCUUUCAAGCACUGUGUUGUUGACGGGUGCAAGGAGAGCGCAUUGCUCAAAUCGAUGAUACGCCUCUACAUGGCCAGUUAG